AGCAGCCGCUGCCGCCGGUGCCCCUGCCCGUGCCCCGAAGUUACUGCCCGCCUGCCAUUUUGGUGCAGCCCUCGCCUUUGGCCGGCGACAUUCCUCAUAGCUACACAUACCCAGGACAGAGUCCAUAAUGGGGAGAAAACUAGAUCUUUCUGGCUUGACUGAUGAAGAAGCAGAGCAUGUGCUCCAGGUAGUUCAGCGAGAUUUCAGCCUCCGGAAGAAAGAAGAAGAAAGGCUGAGUGAAAUGAAGCAGAAGCUGGAUGAAGAGGGUAACAAGUGCAGCAUCCUUUCCAAGCAGCAGAAGUUCAACGAGCACUGCUGCAUUCGCUGCUGCUCCCCCUUCACCUUCCUCAUCAACAGCAAGCGACAGUGCCAGGACUGCAAGUACAACAUCUGCAAGAGCUGCAGCUCUUACCAGAAGAAGGAGAAGGCUUGGAUUUGCACUGUCUGCCAGCAAGCAAGGCUCCUAAGGACCCAGUCUCUGGAUUGGUACUACAAUAAUGUCAAAAGCCGCUUCAAGUGUUUUGGAAGUGCCAAAGUCCUGAAGAACUUGUACAGGAAGCACAGGCUGGAGAGCGGAUUGUGUCCGGAUGCACUAGAAGGAGGUUUUUCUGAAGGAAGCUUUGAAAAUGAAGGAAGCAUUUGUGGCAGUGACUCUACAUUCUACCAGCAGACAGAAGGACACAGUAUGAUGGAUACCCUUGCUGUGGCCUUACGUGUUGCAGAGGAAGCAGUGGAAGAAGCUAUUUCUAAGGCAGAGACCUACAGUGACAGCCUGGACAAGCAGAACGAGGCUUGUUACUUGCAGGAGCACAAGGAGGACCUCAUAGAAGAGCUGGCUGCAACCAUUGUGCAGAAGAUUAUAAAGAAGCAGAAGAGCAAGGCUGAGCAGGCUGAGGCUGACUUUGAAUGGCCGGCGUCACGCAGCAGCGGGCUGCCGUCUGCCGCCGUCUCGGACCAGAGCAUGCUGACGUUUCCAGGGAGCCGCAGGGGCUCCUACACCUUAUGGAGGUCUCAGUCUGCCUUCUCCCUGGCUAGUGAAGAGACAGCCAGCAAAGGACAAGAGCCUGUAUCACCUGUGGCUGAGGCUCUGUGGAAGCCGCAGAAAGGACAACUGAGGAAGGCGAAGGAACGCAAGCUCUCUGCACUGCCCAGCUGGAAGAGUGUGGACAGGCUCAAUGAAACAAAUCCACCUUCCAUGUUCCAGAGCACCGAUGGGAACUGGGUGGCUCUGCAGAACGUCGCCUUGCCUCGUCCUCGGAUGCUGGCCAAACCAAAGAGCCAGGUGUUCAAAGCCCUGGAGAAUGAGUCCAGCAUUGUGUCUGCUUAUGACGAGAUGGGCUCAGACAGCGAGGAUGACUACGACUGGAACGUGGCCUUGAACAAGCUGCGCCGGAGACCUCGCCACUCACCGGACGAUUUCUAUUACACCAACUCCCAGUAUGGUCCUGACUGGGCUUAUGGCAACGACCAGUACCAGGCAGUGACCUCCCCUUCCUCUGGGUUGUACACCAAUACUGAGACACUGUUCUCUGACUCGGAAACUUCUUCGGUAAACUCCUCCCAGGAAGUGAAAGGACCUAGUAAACUGCUCUGGUUACAAAGCAGAACUCAGAGUGAUGCUCCCAGGGUGGAAAAAAAACAUUUCCACGGAGAACUGGAUGUAAAUUUCAAUCCACAGGCAACCAGCUUGGAGUAUUCUGACAGCAGUGAGACUGAAGAAGUCCAGUAUGACGUAGAAAAGAGAUCGAGAACGUGGAGGAAGAGCAGAGAGCUCUCUGAAGAACCAGGUGAAGACAAAGAUCUUACAAAAGCCAACACAAUGAAUUUAAGUCAGGAUUUUGAUGAUUUAUCAGAAACAGAUCUAAGCAGUGAGCAUCAGAAUACCAAGCCUGACCUUAUGGAGGAGGAGCUUAAAUCCAGGUUAUUUCACAUUGCUGCUAAAAUGAGCGACAAGGAAACCUCUUCUGGUGAAGAACAAGAGUCAGAACCUAGAACAGACCCCGAAAACCAGAAGGAGACUUUGUCUUCAGAGGAAAAUGGCAGAAGUAUUCAGGAAGAGUUAAAGAAGGAAAAACAAAAGGCUUUUGAUCUUCAUUUAAAGCUGCAGUUUUUAUCCACUGUAUUGCAGCAGAAGUACUCUGCUGUCUCUCUCUGCAACAUAUCUACAGAAGUCCUGAAAGUCAUCAAUGCCACCGAGGAACUGAUAGCAGAAUCCACCAGUCCCUGUGAUUUCCCAGCUGACAUUCAGGAGAGAGGGAGAGGAACCUUCCCCCUGGGGACGGACCCCGCCAGGCUCGAUGAGCAGCUCACCACGCUGGAAGAAAAUGUGUACCUGACAGCCAGCACGGUGUACGGGCUGGAGGGGCAGCUGAGCAGCCUGGAGGAUGCCGCACGCAAGAUCAACAGCGUGACCGGAGAGUCCGAGCUGGCUGACCUGGAGGACCAGGUGGCCACAGCUGCUGCCCAGGUUCAUCAUGCAGAGCUCCAGAUUUCAGAUAUUGAGAGCAGAAUAUCAGCUCUCACUGUUGCAGGCUUGAAUGUGGCUCCAUGUGUUCGCCUGACAAGGAAACGGGAUCAAAAGCAAACAAACCAGAUGCACACCAUAGACACAUCAAGGCAGCAGAGGAGAAAGCUUCCAGCUCCCCCCAUAAAAGGUGAGAAAAUAGAGGAGUCCCCAGUGACCACCGUCAGGACGUUUAACAGGAACUUCAUGCUUCAAGGAUCCCUAACACAAAGAACUAAGGAGAGGAAAAGCACUGCCAAGGACUUAAUGGAACCUGCCCUAGGAUCUGCUGUGAUGUACUAAACUUUCCACUUCCCUACUGCCAAUAACACACUGCCUAAGGCUGCCCACGAGAGUGCCUUUACUUAACAGCCAUUGUGUAUGUCCAGCUGAAAAUGGACCCUCCAGAACCCACAAUGCCUCAGUCAUAGGGCUUCGUUUGGAUACCUCACUGAGAAAGCUGUCCAAGUCUUCAGCAUUGUGGGGCUGCUAAAGGAAACUCUGCCUUAAAAGUUCUCCCAAGACUCUGGAAAGGAUGCUGAGUUUCAAAAGCAAGGCUCCACAUUUUAAGAUGCACUUUUUCUCCCUAUUGAUUGUACUAAAGUUUGUCGUCUGUAGACUGCAGGAUGUUUUUGUAACUCCCUCCUCACUCAUCACUCUAGGCCAGUAUUUCCUACAGAGAGAACACAGCAGACCUGUGAUCCAUGUCUGCUGCUGGCCUCCUGCUAUUCAUGUGGCAUCCCUCUUGGUGAGCAAUAAGAACCACUCUGUGCUGCCUGGUGGGGAUGCUCCCUGAGAGGGAGCGUGCCCAGCUCUGCUCCCAGGCAGUCAGUGGCACUUUUGGCAGGGUUUAUAGGGGGUAAGAUGUGCAGGGACUUCUCUGCUCACUGGCAGUCAUGUUCUAGCUCCAGAGCUGGGUGUUUUGCUCUUGGCAGCAGGGGGCAACACGGAUGUGAUGCUGAGCCAUGAGCUGGUGGCAGCAGAUGUGGACCAGAUGUCUGCUGAGUUACAGUUCUGGUGUCUGGGAACAUCUGAACACUGUUGUGAAACCAACACCUUUGUUUGUCUUGCUCUUCUUGGUAGCAUUGUCCACUUGGUGGUGUCCAGCCAUGCUAUAGUUCAGAACAGAUUCUGAACAAAUAAUUUAAGAUUGGAAGAAGAAAGUUAAGAGCUUUGCAGUCUCUGCUAACUGGCUGCUGGUUAUGGCAUAUCUAUAGCCUGCAAGAGAAUUCUUUCUGCUCUUCCUGGCCUUCCUGAGGAUGGGGCAAAGGCAGCCCAGACACAGCUCUUCCUUUACUGCUCUGCAGCCAGUGCAGAGUAGCUGGGGCCUGCCCCUGGUGCCACAUGCACCCCACUCCCAUUGGACCUCUCUGGAUUGGAUUGUGAGUAGUAAUUCUCUUCUUUCCUUUCUUGAGACCCUUGAAAGUGAGCCAAAAUGGAAGGUCCAUGAGCAGAUGCCCAGGAGGGAUCAUGCUGCUUACAGCAUGUCCCUCAGCCUUUUUGGGGAGAACCUUGCCAAUUCUUGGCACCUUUUGCUCUGAAGAAUACACAGGAGGUGGUGAGCCAGUGGAUCCCCCCUCUUGCACACAAAGUGCAGAGCAGGUCCCCAGUUGAAGAUUGGGUUGGUGAGAAGUAUGCUGUGAAAGAGAGCCUGGGCUGGCAAGUUCCCUCUUGGCAUUAAAGAGUGGAGAGCAGAGGGCACCAGGGAAAGAGGAGAGUUGCUCCCUUCCCUGGGCUCCCAGUGAACACGUUCCCUGCCACGCAGCAAGAGAGCAGUCCCCCGGGACACAUGCCCAGGGGAAGUCUGUGGCUGGGCAAAUAGGUGCAAAACUGGGCAAAUUCCCUGGCUAGGCUGGAGUUAGCAAGGGCAGGUGAAGGAGGGUGAGGAAUGGCUGGAAAAGCAGAGCCACCCACAUUUGACACCAAGCUUGUCAGCACUCCGAUGUCCAGCUGCAUGUAGGAACCCCUGGACUCAGUGCAACCAUCUUUCCCCCUAGUGUCACUCUGUCCCUUCAGGGAGUUUGCCUGCCCAAGGUCCAACCCAGAGUGUCCAUUCUGGGUGCAGUGAUGCCUUCUUUUCCUCUCACACCACAUGAGCUAUCAGAGAUGGCUUUGCACAGUCGGUGGGGGGGCAGAAUGUGGCCCACUCUGUUUAAUAUAUAAAUACCUGCAUAAAGCAACUCCAUUUGAUUUCUAUAUGCAAUCCAGCGCAGCAGAUUGAACGGAGUAGGAUGCCUAGGAUGUUGUUAGCCGGUCUCCUCCUCCUCCUCCUUCCCUGACUGUUCUCCUGUGUGUAUCCACUACAUUCCCAGGGUCUGGUUCCUGCAGGUGUGCCUGUUCUGAAAUGUCAUCGAUGGUGGUUGGUCUGCAUCUUUGUCAAAAUAAUAACCAAUAUUUGUGUAUGUGAUAGCAAUGCAGAAAUGACUCCUCUCAUUUUGCUAGGAUAACUCUCUUAGUGUGAUUUAAACAAGCCAACAACAACGUUUGGACUCGGUUGUUUUCCUUAAGAGGCAUGAAAAGCACCUGCUAUCGUGUUGCCAUGUUCAAAUAUUCAGCCUUCUCUGACAGGAGGGAAAA